AUGGACACCAGAAUCUCCAACGGCGGCGGAGAGCAGCUGCAAACUUUCGAAGAUUCUGAUGCUGUGAUUGAUUCGUUGAACGGUGACAGGGAUGAGUUUGAGUGGGUGGCUGUAGAAAGAGAGGCUGAUGUAAACACGGAUAAAGCUCCGGAGGUUGAGGAAGUUGAAGAUGCUUUCUCUGCACUUCAACUGAUGUUCAAUGAUGAUGAUGAUGAUAAAGAGUCAGAGUUUGUAGAUUGGAUUGAGCCUCCGUUUGAGCUCUGUAAUACUAGUCUUCUGCAGCCUUAUAUGGUGGACAGAUUCUAUGACGCCUUUCAUAUGUUUCAGACAGAUCCAUCAGUUCAGAGAAUGGUUAUGUCAUUGGCUUCAGACAGGGCUGUUUGGGAUGCUGUGAUGAACAAUGAAGUUGUCAGGGAGCUCAUUACAGACGCUGAGAGGUCAGAAGAAGAGACUGGUAUAUCUAUGAACUUCAUAAGGAGGUUGCUUCAGAGAAGUGCCAUCAAAAUCAUGGACGCAAUGGAAGGAGUCACAAAGUAUGUCACUGACCUCUUCAUUGGAGAUGAUGAGACGGUUGUUCCUGGAGAUGAUGAGACGGUUGUGUUAGCUACAGGUGCUGCGCCUGUGAUGGAGAAGCUUCAAAUGACGGUUCUGCUCACCAUUGUUGUUCUGCUUAUCGUGUUCGUAACCAGAGCCGCAAGAGCUAGAUAG